AUGACCCAGCCGACCCAGCUAGUCACCCACAUGGGACAGCUCUCGCCGCUCUCCCAGCUAUCGGCCAAGCUCUCGGCGCUCCAGGAUCCGCCACUCCGCGGCGCGUCUGCCGUCGUCCCCUCGCACCCUCUCCCGUCGACGAGCGCGAGCUUUGCGCCUCGGCCGCGGCCGGCAAGCACCAGCUCGCUUCGCCGGCUCUCGAUGGGCGCUACGCCGCCGGAUAGUCAGGCGGCGCUCAGCGGCGAGGCCGGGUCGGCGCGAGCCGGACGGACCACGAGCGCGCUGCUGGUCGAGCUGGCGCCAUCGCACGAUGUGGCCGACUCGUUGCUGUUUAUGCGCGAGCAGAUGGUGGCACUCGGGAAAAGAAUGCAGCGGCUGGAGGAUGCUGUUGCGAGCCUCUCGUCCACUGCUAGUUGUCACCGACGAGGUGACGACGAUGUUGACCAAGAAUCGUCCGGCUCGUCGACCCGCGGCGGGAGCGACGACGAUGACGAUGGAAGCGGCCGGCGCGCGCCCGAGCUCGCCAACGACGACGACCCCAUCGCUGCCCAGCACACGCACGCCCUCAAGCGCCGCAUCGAGCUCAUCAUCCGCAAGCACCACUCUGAGGUGGGACGGUAG